GCCAUCGCGGUAUCAGUCAACGCCCGCAAAAUCAAAAUCGAACACCUACUGCGAGCAUUUGCGUGCGCCCCUCUUCAAAUAGGAAGCUGAUUAAUUGCGCCCCCCAUUCUUUCACACACGGGGCCCUCGCCUUCUUCGUCGCACUCGCACCAAUCUCGUUGCGACGAUGACCUGGCGAAAGCACGAAUCCAAUGGCAUCUCCCGAUCCAUCACCACCGUCGAAGCCCCUCUCGACUCCGGCGGCGCCCGCCUCCACGAGCUCGGCUACAAACAGGAGCUCAAGCGCGACCUCUCGGUGUUGUCGAAUUUUGCCUUCUCGUUCUCGAUCAUCUCCGUGCUGACGGGGAUAACGACGCUGUACAACACGGGGCUGAGCUUCGGGGGGCCGGCGACGAUGACGUUCGGGUGGUUCGUGGCCGGCUUCUUCACGAUGGCGGUCGGCCUGGCCAUGGCGGAGAUCUGCUCGUCCUUCCCCACGUCCGGCGGCCUCUACUACUGGAGCGCCAGGCUCUCCGGCCACCGCUGGGCGCCCUUCGCUUCCUGGAUAACCGGAUGGUUUAACAUUGCUGGUCAGUGGGCUGUCACGACCAGUGUAGAUUACUCAUUAGCACAACUAAUUCAAGUGAUUAUUCUAUUAAGCACCGGCGGAAACAACGGUGGAGGAUACCUAGCUUCUAAAUAUGUAGUUAUUGGAUUCCAUGGAGGGAUUUUGCUUAUUCAUGCCAUCAUUAAUAGUCUUUCCAUUACUUGGUUGUCCUUUUUCGGACAGCUCGCUGCUGCAUGGAAUGUCUUAGGGGUGUUUGUUCUUAUGAUUCUUAUACCAACUGUUGCCACUGAGAGGGCGAGUGCCAAAUUUGUGUUUACUCAUUUUAACACAGACAAUGGCGCAGGAAUCCACAGCAAACUUUACAUAUUUGUUUUGGGACUCUUAAUGAGUCAAUAUACAUUGACGGGAUAUGAUGCAUCUGCUCACAUGACAGAGGAAACUAAAAGCGCGGACAUAAAUGGUCCUAGAGGAAUAAUUAGUGCCAUUGGCAUAUCGAUCAUCGUUGGCUGGGGUUACUUACUCGGCGUCAGUUUUGCUGUAACAAACAUUCCAUAUCUUUUAAGCAAGGACAAUGAUGCUGGAGGAUAUGCGAUUGCUGAAGUAUUUUAUCUCGCCUUCAAAAGUAGGUACGGAAAUGGCAUCGGUGGCAUUAUUUGUUUGGGAAUCGUUGCCAUUGCCAUAUUCUUUUGUGGCAUGAGUUCCGUCACUAGCAACUCUAGGAUGGCGUAUGCAUUCUCGAGAGAUGGAGCAAUGCCACUAUCGUCGUUGUGGCAUCAAGUUAACCGGCAGGAUGUCCCAAUCAAUGCUGUUUGGCUCUCUGCAUUUAUUUCUUUUUGUAUGGCUCUGCCGUCUCUUGGAAGUCUAGUAGCAUUCCAGGCGAUGGUGUCAAUAGCUACAAUUGGACUCUACAUUGCGUACGCGCUUCCUAUCUUUUUUCGGGUGACUCUAGCUCGUAAUACCUUCGUCCCAGGCCCGUUCAACCUUGGCCGCUAUGGAAUCCUCGUGGGUUGGGUCGCCGUUCUUUGGGUUGCGACUAUCACAGUUCUCUUCUCGCUGCCCGUUGCUUAUCCUAUUGCGAAGGACACCCUCAACUACACACCUGUGGCCGUUGGCGGCCUGUUUGUUCUCAUUGUUUCGUCUUGGAUUUUAAGCGCAAGGCACUGGUUCAGAGGUCCUAUAACAAACAUUGAUACUUAAGGGAUUAAUCGCGACAUUGUGUAUCAAUAGUUCACAGCAAAAUUUAUAACUUUCUCAAUUGCUCUCUGCUGUAGUGUUUCUAUUUGUGGUGAAUUGUAUAGUAGUGCUUUUCUAUUGUGAAGAAGAACCAAGUCGGCGAGAAUUCAACUAGUUCUUAAUCUUAAUGGUAAUAUAUACUAUUCUUAGCCAAAUUUCCAUGA